CAGGAUUAUCUCUUCCACAACAUUUUGUACAUGUUUUCUCUUUAAAUUCCUCCUGGUGUUUGUAAAAUGUCAAUUCGAACAAACAAAAUGAAAGCCGUAGGUGUGUUGAUGAAGCAGUUGACGACAUCAAGGAGGAAAUUUCAUGAAAGAGGAAGAGAUGAAUCAUUUGAUGGGCAAUUGGAGAAGUUGCGGUUGGUUCUGAACAAUAUAAAGGAUGUGUUUGUAGAAGUGAAGAAGAAUGAAGAAAAACUGCUUGACACAUUAGCAGAGGUUUACGACCAUCUUCACAGGUUAGACCGCAAGAAGCUGCAUCAAGAAAUGGAGGGCAUUUGCAAGAGAAUCAGAGAUUCAGCUCACAAUUUGCUUCCAACGCUUGUUUUUGAUAACAGGGGUGGCAAAAUAUCUCACUCAUCACAAGAGUUGGUGCAGCUCCAUCAGAAGGAGAGUUGGACUCCGGAAUAUUAUUACGUAGCACCAUUUCUAGACAUUCCAUCCAGAUUUUGCUUGUGGUCUCUCCUAAUUUUCCCUGCGAACGCUAUCAUAAGGAAAAGAAAUGCAAUUAAUUUAUGGAUUGAGGAGGGUUUGAUUGAAAAUACAGAGAAGAAAACAGCAGACGAAUUGGGUGAGGAUGUGGUUAAUAAUCUUUUGAAAUUUAAGAUGAUUGUACGCUAUGGUAGAGGAAAAGACCCCCUUGUCAAUAAAUUUGAAAUUCCUUCUCAGGUCCAUUCGCAGUUGACGUUAUAUGGAGAUAGAGCUAUAGGGUAUAUUAGACCAUCGCGGUUACUGCUUGACAAAAAAAAUGUUACAAUAGGUGGAGUUGAUACAAAAAGUGUUACUUUACAUAAUAUUUAUAAUAUUGGUGCAAGUUAUCUGAAUUUUGGACCGCAAUGGGUCACUAAUCAAUUGAAGAAUUUAGAGGUGCUUCAACUAGGACGUUGGCAAUAUUCACCUUUGCAUCACAUUGAAGUUGGGAGCCAAGAAUUCUUGAGAGAGUUGAGAACUCUGAAGCAGUUGAAAUAUCUGAGUCUGCAUGGGAUAUCAAGAAUAUUCGAGCUUCCAUCCUCCAUUGGUGAACUUGAGAGUCUAGUAAUUCUUGAUCUGAAAGCAUGUCAUAAUUUGGAAAGACUACCUGAUGAUAUUUCAUCAAUGAAAAGUCUGACACAUCUGAUUAUGUCUGAUUGUUGCUUACUGGAAGGCAUGCCAAAGGGGAUUGAGAAACUCACUAAUCUCCAAGUACUUAAGGGAUUGUUAAUAAGUACUCCUGAAAAGACUCCUUGCAGAAUAUCAGAUCUUGCUAAGAAUUUGACAAAUUUAAAGCGACUAAGCAUACGUAUAGGAAGUGAGGCUGUGAUCAGGGAUGGAGAGUUUAAAAGUUUGGAAAAUUUUAGAAAACUGAAGCAUCUUAAAAUAUCUUGGGGUGUGUCUGACCCAAGGUAUGCUGAAAUUCCCAUCAAUUUGCCACUACAUUUGAGAAAGUUGCAUUUUGAAUGUUUUCCUGGAAAGAGGUUGAUAAAAUGUCUUCCACGUUCUGAUAAGUGGCCAUGUGAGCUAAAUAUAUCUGGAGGAAAACUGGAAAGUCUUAGUGUGCAUAUGAAUAGAAACUGGACAGUGGAAAUACUGCGUCUGAAGUACCUUAAGCAAUUCAAUGUCGACAUAAACAAUUUGAAAGUAUGGUUUCCUGCGCUGAAAUAUGUAGAAAUUAAACAAAUAUCAAACCAUUCAUACAUUGAGCAUCAAUGGAACUUACCAUAUGAAUCAAAAUACCGAAUGAAAAGAGAGGAGAUUUAA